CAGAGAAUCGGACUCAUACCAAUAGGUGUCGUUACCACAGAGCGGAUCGCUGGCUGUCAUCCUCAACAAAGAAAUGGUUUAAGAGCACUGUCUCCAUGGUGAUGCCGUGUAUCUGACAUUUGUCCUCCAUAGGUUUUGCCAUGCAUUCGAGGAAUACGUGAAUCGCGUGUGCCAGCAGAAGCCUUUUGCGCCAGUGUGCGCAUUUGGAGAGGCGCAUAAGCCGUGAUCAGACUGCAGCUUCAGUGGAUCAUCGGACUUUGCUUUUACAUUUUGUUGUUCUUUCGUCUUUUUUUCUUUUGAAAUAUAAUGUUGCGUUCCACGGCUGUCAGGCUGCUUGUCGGAUUGUUCUUUCUGGGCUUUUUACACAGUUUGACGGUGAUUCUUCCCGCGAGGGCAUUAGAUGCUCCAAAAACCUGCAGCCCCAAACAGUUUGUUUGCAGGGAUCAGGUGACAUGCAUCUCAAAGGGCUGGCGGUGUGACGGGGAAAAGGACUGCCCGGACGGAUCGGACGAGUCCCCAGAUGUCUGUCCUCAUAACCGCGUGUCAAGGUGUCCUCCUAAUGAACAUCAGUGUCUGGGUUCAGAUGUGUGUAUUCACAUGAGCAAACUGUGUAAUGGUGUUCCAGACUGCUCUGACGGAGGAGAAGAGGGUCCACACUGCAGAGAAGGCGCGCUCAACUGUACUCUCGCUGGUUGCCAAGACAACUGUGCUGUGACCCGCACCGGCUCCAUGUGUUACUGCAAGAGCGGAUAUGAGAUCGGCCAAGAUGGGAAAACAUGUAAAGACUUUGACGAGUGUACGAUAUACGGCACCUGCAGUCAGACGUGCACAAACACAGACGGCUCAUACGCCUGCUCCUGUGUGGAAGGUUAUCUAGUUCAACCCGACAAUCGCUCCUGCAAAGCCAAGAAUGUGCCUGUGGACCGUCUGCCUGUGCUAGUCAUCGCAAACUCUCAGAACAUACAGAUCACGUCGCUGAGUGGAUCCAGCAGCCCAUCACUCUACAUAACCACAAAACAGACCACGGCCAUGGACUUCCUGUACGUACAGGAAACGGUGUGUUGGAUCAAUGUUGGCGACGCACCCGCGGGAACACAUCUGAAGUGUGCCAAGAUAACCGGACUCAAGAGCUUCACAGAGGAGAGGACCAUCAACAUCUCUCUCAGCUUACACCAUGUGGAGCAGAUGGCUAUUGAUUGGCUAACGGGAAACUUCUACUUUGUGGACGAUGUGGAUGAUCGAAUCUUUGUAUGUGAUAAAGAUGGUGCCACAUGUGUUACACUGCUGGAUCAGGAGCUCUAUAACCCUAAAGGAAUAGCUCUGGACCCCACCAUGGGAAAGGUUUUCUUCACGGACUAUGGGCAGAUCCCAAAGGUGGAACGCUGUGACAUGGAUGGGCAGAACCGGACAAAACUUGUGGACAGUAAAAUUGUUUUUCCCCAUGGCAUCACACUUGACCUGGUCAGCAGGCUGGUUUACUGGGCUGAUGCCUAUCUGGACUACAUCGAAGUAGUGGAUUAUGAGGGCAAGAACAGACACACUAUCAUUCAAGGUCUACUGAUUGAGCAUCUUUACGGCCUCACCGUGUUUGAGAACUAUCUGUAUGCCACAAAUUCAGACAAUGCCAACAUGCAGCCAAAAACCAGCGUGAUACGUGUGAAUCGCUUUAACAGUUCAGACUAUCAGGUGGUCACCCGUGUGGACAAGGGCGGAGCUCUGCAUGUGUACCACCAGAGACGUCAGCCACCUGUACGGAGUCACGCCUGUGAGCCGGAUCAGUUUGGAAAAGCUGGAGGGUGUUCAGACAUCUGUCUUCUGGGUAACAGCCACAAGAGCCGGACAUGUCGCUGUCGCUCUGGAUUCAGUCUGGGCAGCGAUGGCAAAUCGUGCAAAAAGCCGGAGCAUGAGUUAUUCCUGGUGUAUGGGAAGGGUCGUCCUGGUGUUAUCCGAGGGAUGGACAUCAAACCUAAAGUUCAGGAUGAAUACAUGAUCCCAAUUGAAAACCUGAUGAACCCUCGAGCUCUGGAUUUCCACGCUCAGAGUAGCUUCAUCUACUUUGCUGAUGCCACCAGUUACCUGAUUGGACGGCAGAAGAUCGAUGGCACAGAGAGAGACGUCAUCCUUAAAGAAGGUAUUCACACUGUUGAGGGUAUCGCUGUAGACUGGAUGGCCAAUAAUCUUUACUGGACAGAUGAUGGUCCUAAGAAAACUAUCAGUGUUGCUCGUUUGGAGAAAGCUUCUCAGACCAGAAAGACUCUUAUUGAGGGCAAGAUGACCCAUCCCAGAGCUAUCGUGGUGGACCCUCGGCAUGGCUGGAUGUACUGGACUGACUGGGAAGAGGACCCAAAGGAGAGCAAGAGGGGGAAGAUCGAGAGUGCGUGGAUGGACGGCACCAAUCGAAAAGUUUUGAUAUCACAUAAGACAGUUCUGUGGCCCAACGGCUUGAGUCUGGACAUCCCUCAGGGGAUCCUCUACUGGGUGGACGCUUAUUACGAUCGAAUUGACAUGAUCUACCUCAACAACACCAGUGAACGCAAGACGGUUUAUGAUGGACCGGAGCUCAGCCACGCCUUUGGCCUGUGCCAUUACAAAAACUUCCUGUUCUGGAACGAGUACCGAAGUGGCAGCAUAUAUAAACUUGACCAGAUCACCAAAACAGUCACCCUGCUACGCAAUGAGCGGCCACCCAUUUUUGAAAUUCGCAUGUAUGAUCCUCAGCAGCAACUAGGCAGUAAUACAUGUCGAGCGAAUAACGGUGGCUGCAGCAGUUUAUGUUUGGCCACACCCACUGGCAGGUCAUGUGCCUGCGCUGAGGACCAAUUACUGGACCCCUCAGACAAUACUAGCUGUAAAGCAAACCCCUCGUACAUCCCCCCACCACAGUGCCAGCCCGGAGAGUUCGCCUGUAAGAAUAACCGCUGUAUUCAGGAACGUUGGAAAUGUGAUGGAGACAACGACUGUCUGGACAACAGUGACGAGACCGCUGAACUGUGCCAUCAGCACACAUGUCCCGCAGACCGCUUCAAGUGUCACAAUAAUCGUUGUAUCCCCAUGCGCUGGUUGUGUGACGGAGACAAUGACUGUGGUAAUGAUGAGGACGAGUCCAACACCACAUGCUCAGCUCGAACGUGUCCUCCAAACCAGUACUCGUGUGCCAGCGGCCGCUGUAUACCCAUCGCAUGGACAUGUGACCUAGAUGAUGACUGCGGUGACCGCUCGGAUGAGCCUGCGUCCUGCGCAUAUCCAACGUGUUUCCCGCUCACUCAGUUCACAUGCAAUAACGGACGCUGCAUCAACAUCAACUGGCGCUGUGAUAACGAAAAGGAUUGUGGGGACGGCUCUGAUGAGUUCAAUUGUCCGAACCCGACCGACAAUGACUGUGGUGAUAACAGCGAUGAAGCCGGCUGCAGUCAUUCAUGCUCCAGCGCACAGUUCAAAUGCAACAGCGGCCGCUGCAUUCCCGACUACUGGACAUGUGACGGAGACAAUGACUGCGGUGACUACAGCGACGAGACUCAUGCCAACUGCACUAACCAGGCGACCCGUCCUCCCGGCGGCUGUCACACAGAUGAGUUCCAGUGUCGUAUGGAUGGCACGUGCAUUCCUCUCCGUUGGCGUUGCGAUGGAGACACAGACUGCAUGGAUCUGAGCGAUGAGAAGAACUGCGAGGGUGUAACGCACAUGUGCGAUCCAGCGGUGAAGUUUGGCUGCAGGGACUCGGCGCGGUGUAUCAGUAAGGCUUGGGUGUGUGAUGGAGACAGUGAUUGUGAAGAUAACUCUGAUGAAGAGAACUGCGAGGCUCUAAACUGUAAACUCUCCCAUCACGUGUGUGCUAAUGACACCAGCAUCUGCCUGCCCGCCGAUAAACUGUGUGACGGAAAAGACGAUUGUCCCGACGGCUCUGAUGAAAAACUCUGUGACCUGUGCUCUCUGGACAAUGGUGGUUGCAGUCAUAACUGUACUGUGGCACCAGGUGAGGGCAUUCUGUGCUCGUGUCCGCUGGGAAUGGAACUGGGCUCUGAUAACAAGACGUGUCAGAUCCAGGGCUUCUGUGCCAAACAUCUGAAGUGCAGCCAGCGUUGUGAACAAGACAAGUUCAACGUCAAGUGCUCCUGCUAUGAUGGCUGGGCCCUUGAACCAGACAUGGAGAGCUGCAUGAGCACAGAUCCAUUUAAACCAUUUAUCAUCUUCUCCAACCGGCAUGAGAUCCGACGGAUCGAUCUUCACAAAGGAGAGUUCAGUGUGUUAGUUCCAGGCCUGAGAAACACCAUCGCCCUCGACUUUCAUCUGAACGAGAGCUCGCUUUACUGGACAGACGUUGUUGAAGACAAGAUUUACCGCGGGAAACUGUCCGAGAAUGGCGCGCUGACCAGUUUUGACGUGGUAAUCCAGUAUGGUUUAGCGACUCCAGAGGGUCUGGCUGUUGACUGGAUCGCUGGAAACAUCUACUGGGUGGAGAGUAAUCUGGAUCAGAUUGAGGUGGCUAAACUAGAUGGGACAAUGCGUACCACUCUAUUGGCGGGAGAUGUGGAGCACCCCCGGGCCAUCGCCCUCGACCCCAGAGAAGGAAUCUUAUUUUGGACGGACUGGGAUGCCAGUAUGCCAAGGAUAGAGGCUGCGUCUAUGAGUGGGCAUGGCAGACGCACCAUCCAUAAGGAGACGGGCAGUGGAGGGUGGCCCAACGGAUUGACUGUUGAUUAUCUGGAACGCCGCAUCCUGUGGAUAGAUGCCAGGUCUGAUGCCAUCUAUUCAGCCAAGUACGAUGGAUCUGGUCUGAUCGAGGUGCUCAGAGGACACGAGUAUCUCUCUCAUCCAUUCGCCGUCACCAUGUACGGAGGAGAAGUUUACUGGACAGACUGGCGUACAAACACACUGGCCAAAGCCAACAAAUGGACAGGAAACAAUGUCACUGUGGUUCAGAGAACAAACACUCAACCUUUUGAUCUGCAGGUGUACCAUCCAUCUAGACAACCACAAGCACCCAACCCGUGUGCUGCUAAUGGUGGAUUGGGUCCGUGCUCACAUCUGUGUCUGAUCAACUAUAAUCAGACUUUCUCAUGCGCAUGUCCUCAUCUCAUGAGACUGGGCCAGGACAACCACACCUGCUUCGAGUCCCGUCAGUUCCUGCUCUAUGCCCGUCAGAUUGAGAUACGAGGGGUGGACAUCUAUAAUCCAUACUACAACUAUAUCAUCUCAUUUACUGUCCCUGACAUUGACAAUGUCACUGCGGUGGAUUACGACGCUCUGGAGAGGCGCAUCUAUUGGUCUGAUGUUCGCACCCAGACCAUCAAGAGGGCUUUUAUCAAUGGCACGGGCAUAGAGACUGUUGUGUUCGCAGAUAUACCUAAUGCUCAUGGUCUGGCGGUGGACUGGGUUUCACGUAAUCUCUUCUGGACCAGCUAUGACGCUAAUAAGAAACAGAUUAACGUCGCCAGACUCGAUGGCUCCUUCAAAAACGCUGUUAUCCAAGGCCUGGAUAAACCUCACUGCCUUGUGCUGCACCCCAUACUGGGGAAACUGUACUGGACUGAUGGAGAUAACAUUAGUAUGGCCAACACUGAUGGCACAAACCGUACAGUGAUCUUCACCAAUCAGAGAGGACCAGUGGGUUUGUCCAUAGACUAUCACACAGAGCAUCUGUACUGGAUCAGCUCGGGAAACAGCACCAUUAACCGCUGUAAGCUAGAUGGAUCAGCGCUGGAGGUGUUAGACGCUGUCAAAGGCAAACUGAACAAGGCCUCUGCGUUGGCUAUCAUGGGUGAUAAGCUGUGGUGGGCCGACCAAGGCACGGAUCAGAUCGGCACAUGCGAUAAGAGCGACGGAGGAAACUGGAAGGUUUUGAGAAAUGGCACUUCUCCCAUGAUGCACAUGAAGAUCUACAAUGAGACUGUGCAGAUAGGUUCAAACAUGUGCAGCAACAAUAAUGGCGACUGCUCUCAGCUGUGUCUCCCCACAUCUCCCUCCACCCGCGCAUGCAUGUGCACCGCAGGAUACAGCUUGAGGAGUGGACAGCAGUCUUGUGAGGGUGUGGGUUCGUUCCUGCUGUAUUCAGUUCACGAGGGCAUUAGAGGAAUUCCACUGGACCCCGCUGAUAAAUCUGAUGCCCUUGUGCCUGUUUCAGGCACAUCACUCGCUGUUGGCAUUGACUUUCAUGCUGAUAACGACACCAUAUAUUGGGUGGACAUGGGUUCAAGCACCAUCAAUAGAGCUAAGAGAGAUCAGACAUGGAGAGAGGACGUCAUCACUAACGGCAUCGGCCGUGUGGAGGGCAUCGCCGUUGACUGGAUUGCUGGAAAUAUCUAUUGGACCGACCAGGGCUUUGAUGUAAUUGAGGUUGCCAGAUUAAAUGGCUCAUUUCGAUAUGUGGUCAUCUCCCAAGGCCUGGACAAACCCCGGGCCAUUGCCGUCCAUCCAGCGAAAGGGUAUCUGUUUUGGACAGAGUGGGGUCAGUACCCGCGCAUAGAAAGAUCUCGGCUGGAUGGAUCUCAGAGAGCCGUGCUGGUGAAUGUCAGUAUUAGCUGGCCCAAUGGCAUCUCCAUUGACUAUCAGGAGAGUUUUCUGUACUGGUGUGAUGCUCGGACGGAUAAGAUUGAGCGCAUUAAUUUGGAGACGGGAGAGAACAGAGAAGUGGUGCUGUCCAACAACAACAUGGACAUGUUCUCCUUAUCUGUGUUUGAGAGUUACAUUUACUGGAGCGACCGGACUCAUGCCAAUGGUUCGAUAAAGCGCGGCAAUAAAGACAAUGCCACAGAUUCAGUAGCUCUGAGGACAGGCAUCGGUGUACAACUCAAAGACAUCAAGGUGUUUAACAGAGCCCGACAACAGGGAACGAAUAUAUGCAAGAACAACAACGGUGGUUGUCAUCAGCUCUGUCUUUACCGUGGUAACGGCCAGCGGACAUGUGCUUGCGCUCAUGGAAUGCUAGCUGAGGAUGGCCAGAGUUGCCGUGACUAUGACGGAUAUCUGCUCUAUUCAGAGCGAACUAUACUAAAGAGUGUGCACUUAUCAGAUGAGAAUAACCUCAACGCACCCAUCAAACCGUUUGAAGAUCCCGAUCACAUGAAGAACGUCAUCGCGCUUUCUUUUGACUAUCGCGGUGGAGGCGGAAAAGGAGCCAAUCGUAUCUUUUUUAGUGACAUCCACUUUGGGAAUAUUCAACAGAUCAAUGAUGACGGAUCAGAUCGGAAAACAGUGGUUGAGAAUGUUGGAUCAGUAGAAGGUUUGGCAUAUCACAGAGCAUGGGACACAUUAUACUGGACCAGUUACACCACCUCCACCAUUACCCGACACACUGUGGACCAGAGUCGCUGGGGGGCUUUUGAGCGAGAUGUGGUGGUCACUAUGUCAGGAGAUGACCAUCCGCGGGCGUUUGUGCUGGAUGAGUGUCAAAAUUUGAUGUUUUGGACCAACUGGAAUGAGCAGUCUCCCAGUAUCAUGCGAGCUCAGCUGUCUGGUUCCAAUGUGCUUGUGAUCAUUGGCAGUGAUAUUCGUACCCCUAAUGGACUCGCAAUCGACCACCGUGCAGAGAAGCUGUAUUUCUCUGAUGCUACGCUUGAUAAGAUCGAGCGCUGCGAGUAUGACGGUAGUCAUCGAUAUGUUGUACUUAAGAAUGAGCCAGUGCACCCCUUCGGUUUGGCUGUGUAUGGUGAUCAUAUUUUCUGGACGGACUGGGUGCGCAGAGCGGUCCUCAGAGCUGACAAAUACGUUGGUGGAGACAUGAAGGUGUUACGCGCUGAUAUCCCACAACAGCCCAUGGGAAUCACCGCUGUGGCCAACGAUACAAACAGCUGUCAGUUCUCGCCCUGCCGGGUGAAUAAUGGAGGCUGUCAAGACCUGUGUCUGCUCUCAUCAGACAGCCGGGUGAACUGUAGCUGCAGGGGAGAGAGGAAAUUGCUAGAGGACAACACCUGCAUAGCUCAGAACACGUCGUGCAGCAGUAUUGAUGACUUUGAGUGUGGGAAUGGUGACUGUAUCAAGUACAUACUCACAUGUGAUGGCAUGGCCCACUGCAAAGACAAAUCUGAUGAGAAACAGUCCUACUGCACUAAUCGUUUUUGUAAGAAGGGUUACAAACGUUGUGUCAAUGGACGCUGUGUUGGUCACAGUUCCUGGUGUAAUGGCCGAGAUGACUGUGGGGAUAACUCGGAUGAACUGUUCUGCAAUGCGACAAUGUGCACAGCUGAUCAGUUUCAGUGUAAAGAUGGAUCGUGUGUGUCCAACUCCAGUCGCUGUAACCAGGUGUUGGACUGUGAGGAUGCCAGCGAUGAAAUGAACUGCUCGGGUGUUGAUUGUUCCAGUUAUUUCCGUUUGGGUGUGAAGGGCGUCACCUAUCAGCGCUGUGAGUUCACUUCACUGUGUUACUCUCCGUCAUGGGUCUGUGAUGGAGCAAAUGACUGUGGAGAUUUCUCCGACGAAAGAAACUGUCCAGAUAAGAAGAAGAGAAAGUGUCUAUUAAAUUUUUUCGCCUGUCCCAAUGGCCGCUGCAUCCCCAUGAGCUGGACCUGUGAUAAAGAGAAUGACUGUGAAAAUGGAGAUGAUGAGGCACACUGUGAUAAGUUCUGCUCGGCGAUGCAGUUUGAGUGCAGGAAUCAUCGCUGUAUCUCCAGCACCUGGGUGUGUGACGGGGCAGAUGACUGUGAAGACGGGUCAGAUGAGGACAGCAGAUGCAGAAAUAAGACCUGCAGUGCAGAUGCUUUCCAGUGUCCAGACUCAAACAAGUGUGUCCCUCAGCACUGGGUGUGUGAUGGAGACAAAGACUGUCCAGAUGGAGCUGAUGAGAGUGUGAAGGCCGGCUGUGUGUUCAAUAACACGUGUAAGACAGGAGAGUUCAUGUGUCAGAACAGACAGUGUAUCCCCAAACACUUUGUGUGCGACCACGACAAUGACUGUGGCGAUGGAUCUGAUGAAUCUUCAGUGUGCGAGUAUCCAGCUUGCAAGGCCAAUGAGUUUCGCUGUGAUAAUGGCCGUUGCCUGAUCCAGAAGUCUUGGGAAUGUGAUGGAGAGUUUGACUGUCAUGAUCACUCAGAUGAAGCUCCCAAAAACCCGAACUGCAACGGCCCUGCAGAAAAAAUCUGUAAUGAUACAGCAUAUGCAUGUGGAAACGGUCGAUGCAUUAAUGAGACGUUACUGUGCAAUCGCAAUGAUGACUGUGGAGAUGGUACGGAUGAACUCAACUGCUUCAUUGAUGAAUGUGUGAACAGUAAACUGAGCGGCUGCUCUCAGCUCUGUGAGGACCUGAAGAUCGGCUUUAAGUGCAGGUGUCACCCUGGCUUCAGAUUGAAGGAUGAUGGGAAGACGUGUGUGGAUGUAGACGAGUGUUCCAGCACAUAUCCCUGCACACAGCACUGCAUUAACACACACGGCAGUUUCCGCUGUGUGUGUGUGGACGGCUUUCAGCUCAGCCCUACUGACCCCACCGUCUGCAAGUCUACCUCGGACGAGGAGCCGUUCCUUAUCUUUGCCAACCGUUACUACUUGAGGAAGCUCAGCCUGGAUGGUACAAACUACACUCUUAUAAAACAGGGUUUGAACAACGCUGUUGCUUUAGAUUUCGACUAUCGGCAGCAGAUGAUCUACUGGACGGAUGUGACGACUCAAGGCAGCAUGAUACGACGCAUGCACAUCAAUGGCAGCAAUGUGCAGGUUCUUCACCGCACAUCUCUCAGUAACCCUGAUGGUGUGGCUGUUGAUUGGGUGGGUGGAAAUCUGUACUGGUGUGAUAAAGGACGAGACACUAUCGAGGUAUCCAAGUUGAACGGAGCAUACAGAACUGUGUUGGUCAACACUGGACUGCGGGAACCGAGAGCCGUAGCUGUGGAUGUCCGUAAUGGAUAUCUGUACUGGUCAGACUGGGGUGAUAAUCCUCAUAUCGGACGCAUUGGGAUGGACGGCACCAACAGAAGCGUGAUCAUACAGGACAAGAUAACCUGGCCCAACGGACUCACUCUAGACUUCAUCAAUGACCGAAUCUACUGGGCCGACGCCAGAGAGGACUACAUCGAAUUCUCUAGCUUAGAUGGGUCCAACAGACACAGGGUUUUGACUCAGGACAUUCCUCACAUCUUUGCCAUGACGUUGUUUGAGGAGUACAUCUACUGGACGGACUGGGAGACCAAAUCCAUCAACAGAGCUCACAAGACCCUCGGGACCAACAAGACCAUGCUGAUCAGCACCCUGCACAGACCCAUGGACGUCCACAUCUACCACCCCUACAGACAACCUGAGGUCACGAAUCACCCGUGUCAGACAGACAAUGGUGGAUGCAGUAACUUGUGUCUGCUGUCACCGGGUGGAGGUUAUAAAUGUGCCUGCCCCACAAACUUCUACCUGGCUGCUGAUGGGAGACAGUGCAUGUCCAACUGCACCGCCAGUCAGUUUGUCUGCAAAAACGACAAGUGUAUCCCCUUCUGGUGGAAGUGCGACACAGAAGACGACUGUGGCGACCGAUCCGACGAGCCCGCAGACUGCCCUGAGUUUAAAUGCAGACCUGGUCAGUUCCAGUGCGGCACUGGCAUCUGCACAAACCCAGCGUACAUCUGUGAUGGAGACAACGACUGCCAGGACAACUCUGAUGAGGCCAACUGCGAUAUCCACGUGUGUCUGCCCAGUCAGUUCAAAUGCACCAGUCCUAGUCGCUGUAUUCCAGGAAUAUUCCGCUGUAAUGGUCAGGACAAUUGCGGCGAGGGAGAGGACGAGAAAGACUGCCCGGAGGUGACGUGUGCACCCAACCAGUUCCAAUGCUCUAUAACCAAGCGCUGUAUCCCGCGGGUGUGGGUGUGUGACCGCGACAAUGACUGCGUGGAUGGAUCUGAUGAACCCGCCAACUGCACUCAAAUGACCUGUGGUGUGGAUGAGUUUCGCUGUAAAGAUUCUGGCCGCUGUAUCCCAGCUCGCUGGAAAUGCGACGGAGAAGACGACUGUGGCGACUCUUCAGAUGAACCCAAAGAGGAGUGUGAUGAGAGGACGUGUGAGCCGUAUCAGUUCCGCUGUAGAAACAACCGAUGUGUGCCUGGCCGGUGGCAGUGUGACUAUGACAACGACUGCGGCGACAACUCAGACGAGGACAAGUGUUUGCCCAGGAAGUGCUCUGAGAGUGAGUUUGCUUGCACCAGCGGUCGCUGUAUCGCUGGCCGAUGGAAGUGUGAUGGAGACCAUGACUGCGCUGAUGGAUCUGAUGAGAACGGCUGUGAUGUGAAGUGUGAUAAUGACCAGUUUCAGUGUAAGAACAAUCACUGCAUCCCGUUCCGCUGGAGGUGCGAUGCUGAUGCGGACUGCAUGGACGGCAGCGAUGAGGAGAACUGCGACACUGGAGUGGGUCAAUACUGCCUCCUGGAUGAGUAUCAGUGUAAUAACACUCUGUGUAAACCACUGGGCUGGAAAUGUGAUGGGGAGGAUGACUGUGGAGAUAACUCUGAUGAAAACACUGAAGAGUGCAGAAGAUUCCACUGUCCUCCCAACAGACAGUUCAGAUGCCAUAAUAAUCGAGUGUGUCUGCCAGUGUCUAAACAAUGUGACGGUGUUGACAACUGUGGAGAUAACAGCGAUGAACUGAACUGCCAAACUCCAGCCCUUGCGCCCUGUGGAAAGGACGACUUUAUGUGCAGUAACGGCAGGUGUAUAAGUGCAAACCUCCGCUGCAAUUUCUUCAAUGACUGUGAGGACUACGGCUCUGAUGAGAUCAACUGCAACAAGAAAGAUUCGGGUCUGAAUGAAUGUCAUCAGAAUCGCAGCGUCUGUGCCGAUGAGGCUCACUGUGUGCUAAACGGAAGCGACUCCUUCUGUUCCUGCAGGCCGGGCUUCCAGAUAACACAGCAGCAGACCUGCGCAGAUACUAAUGAGUGCAAGACGUUUGGGGUGUGUUCUCACAUCUGUAACAACACCAAGGGUUCACACAAAUGCAGCUGCUACAGGUUCUUCACCAGAGUCAAUGACACCUGCAAAGCUGACAGUAGUGAAAAGCAAGUUCUAUACGUCGCAGAUGAUAAUGAAAUCCGCAGUCUGUAUCCUGGAAUGCAAAACUGGAUAUACGAACAAGCCUUCCAGGGAGAUGCAAAUGUCCGAAUUGACGCAAUGGAUGUGCACAUAAAAUCCAAACGAAUCUUUUGGACUAACUGGCACACCGGAAGAAUCUCAUCUUUCGAGCAGCCAUCUAAUGGACCUGUCUCACCAAACUCGAAUCGCAACCGACGACAAACUGAUCCCAGAGUUACUGAUCUAGAGAUCCCUGGAUUAAAGAUGCCUCGUGGGAUAGCUGUGGACUGGGUGGCCAACAACAUUUACUGGACGGACUCGGGUCGUGAUGUCAUUGAAGUGGCACAAAUGAACGGACGCCAUCGUAAAACUCUCAUCUCAGGCAUGAUCGAUGAACCCUACGCCAUUGUGGUGGACCCUCAGAGGGGCACUAUGUACUGGGCCGACUGGGGAAACCACCCCAAAAUUGAGACGGCAGCCAUGGACGGCACCAUGAGAGAGACGCUGGUACAUGAAAACAUCCAAUGGCCCACAGGUCUAGCUGUGGAUUAUUUCAAUGAGCGACUGUACUGGGCUGAUGCAAAACUCUCUGUUAUCGGCAGUGUGAGACUGAAUGGAACAGACCCCGUCAUAGCUGUUUCCAGCAUUAAAAACAAUUUGCAUCAUCCCUUUAGCAUUGACAUCUUUGAGGAUUUCAUCUACGGCGUAACCAACCAGAACAACUUUGUCUUCCGCGUAAACAAGUUUGGCAAAGGGUCUGUUGAGCAUCUGACCGCAGGCAUGAAUCAUGCCACGGAUCUGGUCCUGUAUCACCCUUACAAACAGCCAGAGAUGACAAACCCAUGUGACAGGAAAAAGUGUGAGUGGUUGUGUCUGCUCAGUCCCAGCGGUCCAGUGUGCACAUGUCCAAACGGCCGAAUUCUAGACAACGGCACCUGUGUGGAGGUGCCCACACCCACACUGUCACCUGUCUCUCCUAGUGGCACCUGUACCAUGCUGUGUCUGAAUGGUGGCACCUGUGUGCUGAACGCCAGGAAACAGCCCAAGUGCCGCUGUCAGCCCAACUAUUCAGGAGAAAGAUGUAACUUAAACCAGUGCAGAGAUUAUUGCCAGAACGGGGGAACCUGCACUGCAUCUCCCACAGGAGCUCCAACUUGCCGUUGCCUGGCAGGCUUCACAGGACCCAACUGUAACAAACCCACGUGUCUGAACUACUGUAAGAAUGGAGGAAACUGUACGGUUAGCCGCGGUAACCAGCCCACCUGCAGCUGUCCUACAGAAUACCUGGGAGACCAAUGCCAAUACAGGAAGUGUGAUGGACCCUGUGAUAACGGUGGAACAUGUAUGAAGUCCAGUGACGGGUCGAGACAAUGUCGCUGUCCUCCACAGUUCAUCGGCAACAACUGUGAAGUGGACAAAUGUCACUAUUGCCACAAUGGCAAGUGUAUUCCCACAAAUCUCUACCAGCCUCAUGGAGAUGUUACAUGCAGGUGUAGCAACGGCAGAAUCCAGCCAAGCUGUUACACAUGUGAAGAAUACUGUGCUAAUGGACAAUGCUCCCUCGGCCCGACAAACCUCCCACAGUGCAAAUGUCCUAUUGGAUGGGAAGGGCAUCGCUGUGAGAAUCCUGCCCUCAACAUGGAUGCUGCAUCCAGUGGCCGCACAGCUUCAAUAGUGAUUGCAGUGAUUAUACUCAUACUGCUUGUGUUGCUCAUUGGAGGAGCAGUUUUGUGGUACAGAAAAAGGAUGAGAGGACUGGGCAAAUCCCACUCCAAGCGACCGCGAGCCAAAGGCUUUCAGCAUCAGAGAAUGACCAAUGGCUCAAUGAACGUUGAGAUUGGGAACCCAGCCUAUAAAAUAUAUGAAGGAGAACAAGAUGACGAUGUCGGAGAGUUGCUGGAUGCUGAUUUCACGCUGGAUCCGGACAAGCCAACCAACUUUACAAAUCCCGUGUAUGCUACGCUGUACAUGGGAGCUCACAACAGCCGCAAUUCCCUGGCCAGCACAGACGAGAAGAAGGAGCUGCUAUCAAGGGCCGACGAAGAGCCGCUGGUGGACCCCCUGGUUUAGAUCUUGUCAGUUUCGCCCAAACCAUUUGAAGAAAAAACAUUUUGCCUUUUUGAGAAAAAAGAAUAAAAGCAGAAAAAACAGGAGAAAAUCAUCGAUCAAGUGUUAACACUGUAUAAAAUGUACAAAAUGGACUACUUUUGUAUGUGAUUGCAGUAUUAUAUUUUGUUCUUUUACAAUUCUUCUGGUCAGAACAAAACAUCAAGAGAAAGAUACAUUUUCUACUACAAAAAAGUUGUUUUUGCCAUUUUAUAGGUCACACCCCCUUUACCUUAAUAGCCACUACCUCUGUGCAAUAUGGAGUCGAAAAUAAAAAUGAACAAAAUUGGAACAUUUUUUAUUUUUGUAUGAGAUGUAUAGAGAAAAAUGUUGUUCCAUCAGUAGUGCCAACUGUUGUGUGUUUGACUGGGUACGUUUGUCCUGGAACAAAUGCUGUUUUCUUGAAUGUUGUUUGUUUUAAACUUAACACAAUAUCAAGCAGAUGAAAUCAGUUUUACAUUACAAUACAGUUUUAUGACUUCCAUUGUAAAUUCAUAACUGUUAAGUGUAGUUUUCUCUUGCACAGAUCUAGACCAUCGCAGUAUUACAUUAGUAAAACUCACGGAUGAGCAUAAAGGUUUUUACACACCAUGUUGUGUGUUUAAACGGACAAAGGCGUUUAGAUGAUGGAAACUCUAGCUGUUAAACUCGCUAGCUGUUAAACAUUUGACACACUUGACUGAAAGUCCCUAUAAAAGAUGAAGAGAACGCAGAUGAGUGUCCAGCAUACAUGGCAUCUUUAAUAUUGUCCCAGGAUGCAUAUAAUGAAUGUGCUGACCUGUAAUCUAGACGAUACAAGAUGUUUUAUUCACUAAAGUUCAAAUACUUCAGUUUGUGUUAUUAUUUUAGGUCCAAACGUUUGGCUGGUACUGUAAUUUAUUUUAAGACAAAUGAAGUGAAGGAUCAUUAAAGGUUUUAUAGAAGGUAGAAAACUGCUUACAAAGAAAUCCUUAAACAAUUCACAUUCCUGCAUUAAUUCUAGUGAUUUAUUUUCUAGGCUUGAUCCCACCUUUAAAUUUUAGGUGUCAAAUUUACAGUUGUGAAAAUUAUUUUUAAAUGUCACUUAAACUCUGCAAUUUUGACACGUGUUCACCUUCUCUUUUAUAAUCUGUCACUUAAUUAUACUUUCCAUCAUGUUGCUUAAAAUAUAUGAAAAUAUGCUUUUCCCGAAGUAAUUUUCAUAAUAUGUUGCUUAGAUGCUGCUUUUGGUGGAAUGCUCAUGAGCCAUAUACUGUACUUAAAGAAGUUCUAAACAAACAUGUUUUACUAGCAGUAAAGUAACAGAUUCACUUUUUUUUCCAGAAGACAAAAUUGUCAUCACAUAUCAGCUUUCUAAUAUCAAAUCAGUAUGAAAAAUUACAGCUUUUUAUAGUACCAAAUGCAUGGAAGAGAAUAAUGUUAAACUUUUUUGCUGGAGUGCUUUAUGAACUAAAUAACAUAUUGUCAUAAAUAAAACAUGUCUUAAUCCUUUACCAUUUCAAGUUUAUAACACUGUUUGUUUUAUUAUUCUACAAAUAAAAUCUUAAUACUACAUAUUUAUCAUGCAGUUUAGGCAUACUCUCUGGCGUCUCCACUUUGGAAAAGAGACUUGCAAAAUAAACAGUAUUGUUUGAGGCAUU